CGCAAUUAAAUCGGCUUGACCGUUAAAUUUCUUAGAUGGUGGUUUAACGGCUUGAUGUUUGGUUCGGUUUUCAAAACCUUACCAUAUAAAACUCGGUUUAAUUAGGCGCCAGUUGCAUAAUCUAUUUCUAGACUCUUCUUUUCUCCCUUCUCCGUCUCCCGCACCAAUCCAUCUUCGCAUCAAGUUUGAAACUGACCGACAAAAAUGGCCGGUGGGAAUUUUAUGCACAGAGUUAUUUCAUACGUUGUGAAUGAGGUUGUUGUCAAUGGUCUUGCCAACAGCCCUGCAUUUCAGAGGUUUGCGGUAAGGACAUCAAAGCAAAUUGAAAAUAUUUCGAAACAAGCUGUUCAGAAAAGGCAAGAGUUAGCGGAGCAGAUCAAGGACAUCUCGAAAAAUAUGGAAGAUUCAUUCAAGAGCCGCUGAUUUUGUUAUUCUUCCUAAAUUGCUGAAGAAAAUAAAGGUGGUGAUUUCUCUUUGCCAAGGAUUUUUUAUGAAGACUAAGAUAGAGUGUAUGUAAAUUUCUUUUGUAAUUGACCUUUGCCUGGUUGGUUUUUUUCCCUUUUUUUCCUCAUGAUCUGAAGCCUUGUGUAAUUGCCUGCUUCUAGUUUACAUGGCGAACCAGAAAAACAGCAGGAUUAGGAUAUUACGUAGUUUAUGAUAUUUUGGAGCAGCAUACUGGGCAGCUAUUUCUUUCAAAUUGUAGAAGAUUGAUUACAAAUAAUAUUGGAACUUGUGUAUAGUUGUUCCUUCUUUACA